UCACGUGAUCACGCCAACAUGGCUUUCUGUACAGCAGCAGCACAAUAGCAGCAUGCUAAUGUUCAGCUCUGGACUGUUUACUCUGUCUUUUAACGUCUUUCUAUAAGUGGAUCCCUCUGUCUCUAAAGAUGAAGCUCAGAGUACAGCUACAGUGCAAAAACCUUCAUGAGUACCUGAGAGAACUGAGCCCUGACAUCCUCGACAGACUCUACAACCAUCCAGCAACAUGUCUGGCUGUUUACAGGGAACUUCCAUCACUGGCCAAAAAUUACGUAAUGCGCAUGCUGUUCUUGGACCACCCGUUACCACAGGCUGCAGUAGCUUUGUGGGUCAAAAAGGACAGCCAGAAGGAUCAUGACCAGUGUGUGUCAGUGUUGACUGGGCUCAGACUGUGGCAUAACCAGCAGCUUCAGGGGGGCCUCCAGGGCAUCGUUCUAAACCCUGUGUUUAAAGACAACCUGAGGAUAGCACUGCUUGGAGGCGGUAAAGCGUGGGCAGAUGAGGGCAGCAGUCUGGGGCCUGAUCGGCAUGCACGAGAUGUAGAGAGUCUGGACCGUUACGCCAUGGAGCGCUGGGAGGUGAUCCUUCACUUCAUGGUGGGUUCCCCCAGUGCAGCGGUCAGCCAAGACCUGGCCCAGCUCCUUAUUCAGGCCGGCCUCAUGAAGAGCGAGGCUGGUGACGCGCCAUGCAUCACUUCAGCUGGAUUCCAAUUCCUCCUGCUGGACACAGCCUCUCAGCUGUGGUACAUCACUCUGCAGUACCUCAACACUGUCCAGUCUAGAGGGAUGGACCUCGUUGAGAUUCUUUCCUUCUUGUUCCAGCUGAGUUUCUCCACUCUUGGAAGGGACUAUUCUGUGGAAGGAAUGAGCGAGUCUUUGCAGACGUUUCUUCAGCACCUACGAGAGUUUGGCUUGGUGUUCCAGAGGAAGAGGAAGUCGAGAAGAUAUUACCCGACAAGGCUGGCUAUAACUCUAGCGGCAGGUGUCACUGCCAACUCUUCAUCCUCCUCUUCCUCAUCCACGGCUAUGAGCGCAAUGUCUGGAACAGGAGAGUCUGGCUUCAUUGUGGUAGAAACCAACUAUCGUGUGUAUGCUUACACAGACUCUGAGCUGCAGAUCGCUCUGGUUGCUCUGUUCAGCGAGAUGCUCUACCGCUUAUCUAACGUGGUCGUGGCCCAGGUCACCAGGGAGUCUGUGCAGCAGGCUAUCGCUAAUGGCAUCACUGCACAGCAGAUAAUCCACUUCCUGAGGACAAGGGCACAUCCUGUUAUGCUCAAACAGACUCCAGUGCUUCCUCCUACUAUCACAGACCAGAUCAGACUGUGGGAGCUUGAAAGAGAUCGGCUUCAGUUUACAGAAGGAGUAUUGUACAACCAGUUCCUGUCACAGGCUGAUUUUGAGGUUCUGCGGGAUAGAGCUCAGGGACUGGGUGUGCUGGUGUGGCAGAAUGCACCUCACAGGGUUAUGGUGGUUACACCCCAUGGGCACAGUGAGGUAAAGAGGUUCUGGAAGAGACAGAAGAGUCAUACAUAGGCAAUACACAACGCUAGAGUGUAAAAAGAUCAGAAAACAACAGAGCGGAUGCCAGGAUACCACAUUGUCUCAUGCGAUGUUCAGACAGAAGAAGGAGCUGCCCAGAGGCACGGCCAUAUGGAAGAAAUGAAACUGUCUGUUUAAGCUCAGGACUCACCCUGUGGAAGAAUUUAAAGAGGAAUUCUACAGAUUUUUUUUGUAUCAUCAUCAGUGGUGGUGGUGAUGGGCACCAGAACCUUUAAGGGGUUGCUUCUAAAAGCUUCAACACACAAAUCUAUCACAUGAAAUGGGUCAUUUAUACUAGUUUCGAAGCAAGAUAUGGAUUUUAGAGGGUGUGACCCCUAAUUCCAUUUUUCAGCACCAUCCAACAGCACCUUUUCACUGCAUGGCACCUAUACUACUCUUCUCGACUCCACUCGCUUUUUUUGUACCUGGUUUAUUUUGCACUAAUACAGCACCCCCACUCUUCCAUCUUGAAAAUGUAGUUUGUGAUGGGGCAAAACUUUUUGUAGGUUAAUUUUAUUAUGUACAAUGCAACGAUAACGAAAUUAGCGUGACAGGCCUAGGCACCAGGUACGAAAUUCGACCCAAUAGACAAAAGAAUAUAUGAGUAGACUCAAGUUGAGUAGUGUAGGUGGCAUGCCACAUAAUAGUGCUAGAAGAUAUCACCGCUCAACAAUGAAAAACAUGUAUCUUCAAAACAGAAACUUUACUGGAGAGAGAUAAAUAUAUUUUUUUAUUUCAAAUUUUUAUCCCAUUUUCUCCCAAUUUAUAAGACCAACUACCCAACCCACUCAUUAAGACUCCUUCUAUCAAUAGUAAUGCCCCAACACCAGGAGGGUGAAGACUAGCACAUGCCUCGUCCGACACCUGUGAAGUCAGCCGCCACCUUUUUUCGAACUGCUCCUGAUGCAGAGUAGUCAGCACGCUCGGAGGAUAUAUCCUCUCACAGACAUCUUGUGCUGAUUGACACCUUUUGGAGUGAUGUGAGGAGAGAGCGCCAUCUACCCACCCAGAGAGGGCAAAGCCAAUUGUGCUCUUUCAGGGCUCCCGCAGCUAAAGGCAAGCUACAUGAAUGGGAUUCGAAGCAGCAAUCUCCUGAUCAUAGUGGCAGUGCUUAGCCCGCUGGACCACUGAGCCAAAAACUGAAUUUUUUUAUGAAAGUCAAUGUAAGAGUUUAUUUCAGGUCAUUUUGGAGAAUUUUUAUUGGUCCAAUCAUCAAGAAAAUUUGAGCCAGUAUACGGGACAGUUAGUGGGUUCAAGUUAUGUAGUAAACUAAAAAUCUACAAAAAUGGAGAUACUUCUUUUUCAUUGGACAAUAGCCCUAUUCAUAUGGGAUUAGUUUCUCAGGGGGUUGUCUGUAAAAAACAUUUACACUUCUACUUAGUGAUAAAACUCUUGCAUACGGACUGCAAUUGAAAAAAAAAAAAAAACAGGAGAAUCUGUGAGUUUUUAGGCUUUCUCGGUCACAUAAAUUGUAUUCAGUAGCACUUUUAUUUCCACUCUCUGAUGUGUGUAUAUGGAUCUCUGUAGAAACAUGCACCCAAAGUGUAAUUACAGUGUGUGGCAGUAGCCAAAUAGCUAUUUUAUUGAACGCAAGGAGACGAAACUCUGGACGGGAGAGAUGUGUGUCCGGACGGGAUUAAAAUUACCGGAGGACCCCAAAGUUCAGCAAAAAUCUGUAGGUAAUUCAGCCUGUAAUUUUCUCAGAGGACAUCUGAGAAAAACACAUACAAUAAAAACACAGAGGACCCCCGUAAAAUAGAAAAUUAUCCCAGUACCCCUUGAGAAACUAAUCCUGUCCCGAUAAUGACACAUUUUGUGUAUCAAAAACCUUAAAUUUGUUUGCAGAAAAUGUGAAAUGCAGAAAAUCAGUGGAAUUGACUCUGUAAUUAAUUAUUUCAAAUAAAUCCCUAUUAAAACAUGUACAAUAUGAUUUUGACAGGUGGGAACAAGGGGAGGAAUAAACUGAUGUGGGUUCACUGGGACCUGUUGGUUUGUGAUGGCUCUGUUUUUAUUGCUUCUUGUGUUGGAUGAGAAAACUGCUCGUCCAAAAAAUUAAUUCAUAAAUAAAUAAACAAAGGCUAAAGCAA